AUGUAUCGGUGUCUUGGAACAACGAUCGAAUUUCUUCCCUUUCAGAUCAUUAGAUGCCAAGCUGCGGUUGCUUGGGAAGCCAAGAAACCCUUGUCAGUCGAGCAAAUUGAGGUUCAUCCUCCGAAAUCGCACGAAGUGCGAAUCAAGAUCCUCUACACGGCAGUCUGUCAUACGGAUGCCUAUACGUUGGGCGGUCUCGAUCCUGAGGGUAUCUUCCCCUCAAUUCUUGGACAUGAAGGUGCUGGCAUUGUGGAGAGUGUUGGUGAAGGAGUGACUAAUGUGAAACCAGGAACUCCACUGAACAACAUUUCAGGCGAUCAUGUUAUUCCAUUGUACACACCACAAUGCAAAGAAUGUGAUUUCUGUAAGAAUCCAAAAACGAAUCUUUGCCAAAAAAUUCGUGCAACUCAAGGACGUGGCGUGAUGCCCGAUGGAACGGCUCGUUUCUCGUGCAAGGGCAAAACGCUCUAUCAUUUUAUGGGUUGCAGCACAUUCAGCGAGUACACAGUCGUGGCUGACAUUUCGGUGUGCAAGAUAAACGAUAAAGCUCCGCUAGACAAGGUGUGCCUACUGGGUUGUGGUAUCUCGACGGGUUACGGUGCGGUCAUAAAUAAUUGUAAGGUUGAGAAGGGAAGUACCGUGGCUGUAUGGGGACUAGGUGCUGUUGGACUAGCCGUUAUAAUGGGUGCGAAAGCGGUUGGUGCAAAACAGAUUGUUGCGAUUGAUAAACAUGAGGACAAGUUCAAACGUGGUAAGUAA